AGUCAGUGAGUUCAUAGCAGGUCAGUGGAGCAGCUCUACCUAGACUCUAACCUUAAGCACCAAAGUCCGUAUGAUUAGCAGGCAAAGAGAUAUUUGUAUGCACACCUUCGGUCAGCACGCUCAGUGUUACAUCCUCAGCUCUUACAACCAGACCUCACUUAAGAGUCAUGGCUGAUGAAAAGAUGGAGAUGGCUGAAGUCGGGGCAUCUCUUAUGUCUUCAGAGUCUAAGCGGCCUAUAGCCAGACCUCCAAACAAAUUUGAGAGGCUAUUUCAGCCCUGUCUGGGCGAGCUGGUGGGAACUACUUUCUUUGUGUUUAUCGGGUGCGUGUCGGUCAUAGAGAAUGUGGAGUCUACGGGGAGGCUUCAGCCAGCUCUGGUGCACGGUCUGGCUGUAGCCGUUAUGGUGGCUUGCAUGGAUAAGAUCAGUGGAUCCCAUUUCAACCCUCCAUUCACCCUGGCCAUCUAUCUAUGUGGGGGGAUGGAGAUGAUUAUGGUGGUCCCGUAUAUUGCAAGUCAGUUGGCCGGAGGUGUGCUUGGAGCUGCUAUGGCGAAGGUAAUGACCUCGAGAGAGAACUUCGCCAAAGCCCACGGGGCUGCGUUUGCUCUGCUGCGGCCAGAGAGUGAAAUAGGAGGAGCUGUGUUUGGAGAGGUCGCCAUGACCUGCCUGGUCACCAUGGUGGUGCUGCUGGGGGCGGUCAACGCCAACACCAAAAGCCCACUGGUGCCAUUUAUGGUGGGAUGCACUGUUGUCAUCAACAUCUUGGCUGGUGGAGAUGUGUCUGGCACCUGUCUGAACCCAGCCAGAGCCUUCGGUCCAGCCAUAGUGAGCAACUACUGGGUUUAUCACUGGGUCUACUGGGUGGGACCCAUCACAGGAGGCAUCAUAGCUGCUGCACUGGUUCGACUCCUCCUCGGAGACAGGACGAUUCGACUCAUUCUGAAAUAAGAUCCUUUAUCAUCUACAGUUACAAUAUAACCCCUUCUCCACUGAGAUUGAUGAGUGUGUAUGAUUAUGCUCUCUUUGAUAUUCAUUAAAGUAAGACUUUUUCACAUAAUUAAAGAUACUUAUGUUUGUUUGUUUUGGGCCACGUUAAGUGUGCAUCUUGCUAAGUACAAGUGACGGAGUUUGAUGGUUAUAAAACAAAGCUUGCAAGCUAGAAUGUAAUAUUAUGCUUACCUUAUAUGUUAAUUUUGGAUGAUACUGGUCCCACCACACUACUUCAGAUAAAGAAGUUAAACAGAUUUGUAGAUGGUUAGUAAGCUGAGUGAACUCUCUAGUAAGGAUGGCUGAUACUAAACAUUUUUAAUUCAAUAUGAAACCGAAACCUUUUUGUCACAAUUGACUUUUAUAACAUGAAUUUUUAUGAUUUUUUAAUAUCAUACUUUACUUUGAUUUUUUAAUGACUUUUAUAACAUGCAUUUUUAUGAUUUUUUUAAUAACAUACUUUACUUUGAUUUUUUUCUGACUUAUAACAUGAAUUUUUAUGACAAAUUAUAUUGUAACUAUGUUUAUGACUUAUACUGGAAUUUUUUCAACAUGUAAUAAUUUUUUUUCUGAUCCCGGGCUGGCCAGCCCUUCUGUUUGGAGUUUGCAUGUUGUCCAGUGUCAGCGUUGGUUUUAUCCAGGUUCUCACACUUCCUCCCACAGUCAAAAGACAUGCAGCUUAGGUUAAUUGAGAACUCUUAAUGCCCAUAGGUGUGAAUGUGAGCGUGAUUUGUUAUCUGUCUCUGUUUGCCCACUGUCAGCUGGGAUCGGCUCCAGCCCCACGUGACCCUGAAUAUGAUAAAUGAAUACAGAAAACGGA